AAUCCCACCUCUUCCCUUCUCUCAAACCCAACCCACUUCUCUCUCUCUCUACAAAUCAACGCCAACAUUUCUGCACGAAAUCAUUCGUUUUUGUGCUUUCAGGUUUCAAUUUUUGAGUCAAUAAUGGCGCAGAGGACGGAGAAGGAGGAGACCGAGUUCAAGGUCGUGCCUGAGACCAUCUCCCUGUGCGUCAAGUGCGGCGUCGCCGGCAACUCCGCGGCGAAUAAUCUCUGUCAGAAGUGUUUCAACGCCGCCACAACGGCGGUUUCCACCUCCUCGGCCACCGCAGCCGCCUCAUCGCCGGUCGGUGCUGCGGCGAAGCCGUUGAAUCACGUUUUGUUGGAGAAAUCCUUCAGAUCUAGCUCGUCUAGCCUGUCUCUGCCGGAGAGGAGGCUCGCAUCGGCGGGGACGAGCCGAGAUCUGAAAAAGGAGGCCGCCGUAGCUGCGGUUCCGAUGAAGAGAGAAGUUAAUCGGUGCUCCGGCUGCCGGAGGAAGGUAGGUCUCACCGGAUUCAGAUGCCGAUGCGGCGACCUUUUCUGCGCCGAUCAUCGAUACUCCGAUCGCCACGACUGCAGCUACGAUUACAAAUCCGCCGGCCGGGAAGCCAUCGCGAGGGAGAAUCCGGUGGUCAAAGCCGCGAAAAUCGUCAAAAUAUGAAACGAAGGGAAAAAGUCAACCAAAUAUGCAUCCUCGGCCGGGCGCGUAGUCAAAUUCGCCAUAUCUUCAGCCUAUGAAGAUCGAUGCUCCGGCUAUGUUGUAGCUCUUCCGGUGAAGGAGUCGCCGGAAGGAUUAGCGGAACGAUGGGAAAUCCGACGUCUACUUUUCGUUUUUUAAAUUACAAAAAAUUAAAAACGGAAAUUACUGUCAAAAAUUUAUGUUGAAUUUGUAAGUGUGUUUGUAUGGCGAUUAAUUAUUUGUUUCCGUUAUUAUAAUAUAUGAAGGGAAAGAUUGGAAUCAAA